UGAUGUCACUGGCCAUCAUGGCGGAAAAAGCCAAUUAACUUAUUUUUCAGAAUUAUUCCAGAGGAAAAUUUAAUCUAUCUUCGUUUUAGUUCACCUUUUUCUCGUCGACAUGACUCUCAUGGUUUUUUUCGGAUGCGCUUUUAUAGCAUUUGGACCAGCAUUAGCUCUGUUUUCCCUUACUGUAGCCAAAGAUGCUCAGCAAGUGAUUGUGUUGAUUGCAAGUGCUUUCUUCUGGUUGCUGUCGCUACUAUUGUCAUCAAUCUGGUGGACUGUUGUGUCACCUUUGAAAAAGCACCUAGCAUUUGGAAUUGCAUUUUCAGUCAUCUUUCAAGAACUCUUUAGACUGGCUUUCUACAAACUGAUGAGGAAAGCAGAUGAAGGUCUCCUUUCAAUGAUCAACAACCAGACACCACUAAGGAAACACAGGAUAGCAUAUGUUUCUGGUCUAGGCUAUGGUAUUAUAAGUGGACUCUUUGCCAUGGUGAAUGUAUUAGCAGACAUAACUGGCCCAGGGUCCUUAGGAUUAAAUGGUGAUCCUCAAAACUUCCUUAUUGUGUCAGCUUUCUUGACAUCCUGUUUUGUUUUGCUGAAUACAUUUUGGGGAGUGAUAUGGUUCAAUGCCUGGGACCACAAGAAGUGGAUCAAUAUUGUCCUUGUCGUGGCUAGUCACCUUUUUGUAUCACUUAUUACACUUCUGAAUGCUCAACCUCAACCCCAUUAUGUUGUGUCACUUGUGUGUGCAUACAUCACCAUGGUAAUUAUGGGAGCAUUGGCAUUCAAGACUGCUGGAGGAAGCCUCUUUAAUAUUUACAGACUCACUUCACGGCAGACACACUGUGAUUACUAAUGUAAAUCCAAACCUGACCAAUGUAAACUGUGUAUAAUAUAACUGACCUCAUAAAAUGUUCAGUAGGUUCAGUCAUCCAGGAAGUGUAAACAGUUGAAGAGACAACACAGUGUAAAGCCUAGAGAGCACAUGGUUCUUGAUAGUCUUAAAUACAUGGUAUCCUAUACUCAGGGUUUUCAAAUUGGAAAAAAGUAGCAGGAGGAAAUUGUAAAGUAGCCGCAGCACUAUCUCUUUCCAAUAACAGCAACCUUGUGGGGUGGGGUGGGGUGGGGUGUUGGAAUACAGAAAGCACCUGUCGCAAAUGCUCGAAGUGGCCAAUGACAUGCACUGGGCGCUGGCUAAAUUUGAAAACCUUGUAUACUGCUUAGACUUUGCCUAGGUAAUUUUUUUUUCUAGACUUCUUUAACCCUUUUGCUCCCUGACAUCAGUAUCCAUAUUCUCCUUAAUCUUCUCCAUAUGCCUCUUUCAGUGCUGACAAGGAGAAUUUGUCUAAUGAUCAAAGCUUCUUAGGUUCUCUUGAUCUUAAAGAAUGAUUCAGCUGCUUUAACAUGCUGGCCACUCUUGGGGUUUAAAGGUUUGAAAGCUUAAAAGGAUUGUGUGGGUAGUUGAACAAGAGCUGGAGCAGGUGAAGCAGAAAGCAUUUGCUUUCUUUUAACUUUUGUUCCCAGUCUAGCCUACUAACCAACUUGUAGCUGUUCCUUCCCCUCCCCUCUCUGAGGAGAAACAGAAGGGAGAAAGAGUUCCCUCCUAUUGUUUCUCCACAGGUGAGGAGGGUAUGGCCACAUGCAGGCUAUCCUCAUUCAUGCUUUUUUGCUUAGUUGGCCUGCAGUUGUCUGUUAACAAUACACAAUUUCCAUCAGAAGGUAGUAAACUGUGCAUGGACAGAUGAUCCAUUUAGAAUCCAUUACUAUUCUGACUGGAAUGCAAAUACCCCUUUUCUUGGAUGAUAUUGUCAGAUGAUGUGACCUUCAUGUAUUUUGCUUAGAUCUGAGGCUUAUUUCAAAUUAAAGUUAUUGAAAAGUUGAGAAAAGAGUAA